AUGGCUGAUCAUGCUGAAGCUUUUCUCAAUAAUAACGCUGGUGCGAGUGGCGGGGGGUUUGCUGCUGGUGAUGGGGCUGGUGCUACCAGAACCGGACCAGAGCCGCUGUUUGGUGGCAGUGGCAUUGGCAGCGGCGGCGGUGGUAGGAGGGAUCCAGAGCCUUUGUUUGGCGGCAGUGGCAGUGGCGGCGGCGGCAGGGGUGACCCAGAGCCUUUGUUUGGUGGCAGUGGCAGCGGUGUCGGCGGUGGUAGGAGGGAUCCAGAACCUUUGUUUGGUGGCAGUGGCAUUGGCAGUGUUGGUGUUGGUAGGGGGGACCCAGAGCCUCUGUUUGCAGCAGGUCCUGCAACUUCUGCUGCUGGUGGCAGUGUGGGUGGUUUGGCUGGUAAUGGUGGUCCGGAGCCGUUGUUCCGAGGCUCGGGUGGCGGUUCGGGUCCCGAGCCUCUCUUCUCCGCCAGCAGCACUGCAGCUUCCAGCGCUAGUGGUAGAAGCCAUUCAGGUUCGGGCCCCGAGCCUCUUUUCCCGAGCCAGGACAACCGGACCUCACCUCCUCCUCAUCACCAGUACCAGCAGCAGCAGCAGAUGCCUCUCGACCGCACACGCAGUCCCACAUCUAAUGAGUUACAACCCGUUGGAGGCACAGGCAGCAGCAGCAACAACAGUAUUAAUUACCCAGGCAAAUCCCCGCCUAGAAGCAAGCCUAAAUCCCUCUCCGGCCCUCUCACGCCGCCCCGCCGCCGCCCGAACAGAGAGUCAGGACGCACAUACAGCCAUGGAAUGCCGGCCCUUCCAGACCAAGCAGCUUACCUGGAGGAGAGUGAAGGGGCGGGGGAUCGGCCAUAUAGCGGUGGUGGGAGAUCAUUGGGGGGAGAGCAAGAUGGGUAUCCAUCUGGCAGUGGCAGCAGCAGCAGUAGCGGUGGUGGGUUUGGUGCUGGUGGUGGGGGUGGUGGUGGGGGUGGAGGGAUGUAUGGGGGCCCACAUGGCCUUUCUCCUCCACCUCCGCAGAUGGUUGCUAGGGGGAGUAGUGCAGAUGGGUAUGGCAGUGGUGGAGAUGGGUAUGGCAGUGGUGGGGAUGGGUAUCGCAGUGGUGGCGAUCAGUUUGGUGGUGGAGGGCCAGUGGGGCAUUGGAAUCAGAGAGACGUUUCCCCCCACCGAGCUUCCUCCCUCUCCAUCCCCCCACACGACCGCCCCCACAACUUCCCCUUGCAAGGCCCCCACACGGCUCCCUUGCACCAGUCACCCAGCCAGUACCCCUACUCUUCCCAGCAAAACCCAUACCACCACCCCCAACCGCAGCAGAACCCCUCUUACCCCCAGCGGCCUUACGACCACUACCCCCCGCCGCCGCCUAACCAAUACUCGCAGCAGAUGUGGCAGGGUGGGGGGGGGGGAGGAGGGGGAGGAGGGGGGGCAGGGGGAGGAGGGGGGCGGAUGGGGGGUGGGUGGGAACAGGGGGCAGAGGGUAUGGGUGGGUAUGGGUCUUCAGCUCAAGUCUCUGGUGCUGGUGGUGGGGGUUAUUCUGGUGGUAUACGGGGGGACAUGAGAGGAGGUAUGGGCCCAGGCAUGAGGCAGGAGCCGCAGCUGCCGAAUCAGAAGGAGAAGAAGCUGAAGCUGAAGCAGCCUCCCCCGUCGCAGGGAGUGGCGUACCGUGCAGUGCCUGAUCCCGACCUCGCAAGCCCCCCGUUUGAGUCACCCUACACGGCCCCUGACAUUCCCUUGGACUAUCACCAGCAGAACGGCACCAACAACCCCGAGCAGGUGCUUCUCGCCCCAGCUUCUCCCGAUGGUCUUUUCAUGUUUGUACGGUUUGUCAUCCCCAACAUCAUGCCGUUAAGCGCAUGUGAGAAGAGGCACAAGCUUCCAAUUGACCUGCUCACGGAACUAGGGGAAGAGGCAGGGCGUGUCAUCAAGUCUAGUGAGGGGAAAGCAGGUGUGGGGGAGGAGGAAGAGGACGAGAAGGACGCGAAGGAGGGGGAGGGAGGAGAAGAAGAAGGGGAGGAGGGGGAAGAGAGGGAGGUGGAGGGGGGUUUUGUGGAAGGCGGGAUGGGUGCGAGCAAGUGCAGGCGCAAGCGCUCUGUGCUUUAUGGCACGGACCCCAACGCCCUCAACCAGUCAGCAAGUGGUCGUUCCUUCCGCUAUGCCUUUGCAGAGGGCACAGACGGAGCAUACGUGUCGGGAGAUACAUUCUUCAUCCCCAUCGGCCCACUCGUCCCCGCAACGCGCUACUUCUAUCGAAUCGACGGCUCCCCAACCACCCACUCCUUCACCUCGCUUCCUGCCCCUGGCUCUGCUUCCACCUACCCGUUCAAAGUCGCACUUGUGGGCGAUGUGGGUCAGACGCUCAACAGCAGCACCACAUUCGACAAUGUGAAAGCCGGCAGCCCCAGCCUGGUGCUGUUUGCGGGGGAUCUUAGCUACGCUGACCAGUACGGCCCACCGCACUGCACACCUAUGGACUCUGCUCAAUCUCUCCUGACUGCUGAUUCUCCUGAGGCUGGCGGAAAGAGCGAGAGCGAGAGGGAAAGGACGAGCAAGAUAUGUGGGCUGGGAGGGGUGCGCUGGGACUCCUACGGCCGCUUGUCCGAGAAAGUAUUCGCCCAUAUCCCUGUGGCGCACGUCCCAGGGAACCAUGAGAUCGAGCUCGUGCCGAGGUGGGGCGAGCUGCGGCCGUUCAAAGUGUAUUCUGCACGAAUCCCCCCUCUGCUGCACCACCACCACCCGCUGCUGGCGAGCCUGCUGUCCAAGGCCGGACUUACUCCCAACCACCAUCACCAUCAUCAUCACCACCAUGCGUACCCGGCCAAGGCACCGCUCUUCUACUCCAUGGACAUCGGCCCCGUGCAUGUGAUCGCCAUCAACUCCUACUCGCCCUUCGUUAUCUACACGCACCAGUGGUACUGGCUGCGGGACGACCUGUGCCGCAUCGACCGCAAGAAGACCCCGUGGGUGGUGGCGUUCAUGCACGUGCCUCUCUACAACAGCAACGACGGGCACUACCUGGAGGGUGAGCCAAUGCGGUACGAGAUAGAAGAGUGGUUGCACGGGGCAGGGGUGGAUCUGGUGGCGAGCGGCCACGUGCAUGCAUACGAGCGCAGCUACCCCGUGUACGGGAUGAAGCGCAUGGAGAACGGGUGUGCCGCCGUGCAUGUGACAGUUGGAGACGGAGGCAACAUUGAAGAGAUCGCCGGCCCUUUCCUUGAGCCGCAGCCGUCGUACAGCGCGUAUCGUGAGGAGUCGUUUGGGCAUGCUGAGCUGGUGUUUAACGACAAUCACACUGCCACCUACAGCUGUACGCUGCUGGCAAGUCACAUUUGGGCUUUUAUUGAAAGAGAAGUGCUCAGCCAAACGUGCUUCAGGUCGGGUCGCCGGGCAGCCACGAGCAUGAACGCCGGCAGCGGCAGAUCGUCCAGCGGAUCUCCUAUUUCUGCUGUUGAGCUGGCAGCUGACGUGGCCGCUGAGCUGGCAUCUGACGUGGCUGCUGAGCUGGCACCCGAGGUGGCGUUCAGCGAUUCGAUGAUGCUCGCCUGCUGGGCAGCGACUGCUGCCACACGAUCGGCCAUGAGGCGGCCGUAG